CCGGCCCCGGCCGGCCCCGCUGGCUCCGCUCAAAGUUUGCGGCCGCCCCUGCGCCCGCGCGCCCGCCCGAUGUAUGGGUGAUAUACUGCAGCGGGUGUCAGGGUGAGGGACGGCCAUAUUUGCCGGUGCGGCCCGAGCCGUCAACAACAAAAAGUGCGCGGGAGCUCGGCGGGCGCACGGACGGGCGCACGGACGCCGGGACCGCCUCGCCGUCGCCGGGUCUCGCCGCCGCCGCCGCCGCCCUCGCGGGCCGGGCCCCGCUGCGCCCCGGCGCGCCCCGCCGCUCGGGGGGAUGUCUUACAAACCGAACUUGACCGCGCACAUGCCCGCCGCCUCCCUCAACGCCGCUGGGAGCGUCCACCCGCCCUCCACCAGCAUGGCAACGUCUUCACAGUACCGCCAGCUGCUGAGUGACUACGGGCCUCCAUCUCUCGGCUACACUCAGGGCACUGGGAACAGCCAGGUGCCCCAGAGCAAAUAUGCCGAGCUGCUGGCCAUCAUCGAAGAGCUGGGGAAGGAGAUCAGACCCACCUACGCGGGCAGCAAGAGUGCGAUGGAGAGACUAAAACGAGGCAUCAUCCAUGCCCGAGGAUUGGUGCGGGAGUGCCUGGCUGAAACGGAGCGGAAUGCCAGGUCCUAGCUGCCUUGUGAGCCUGGAAGGUUUUCCAGCUUCUUCCCAGAGGAGAAGUUAUAGUUCACCUCCCUUGUUCAGAUGAAACUCGUGUUUUCAAAAUGGUUAACCAGUUCAGUUUCUCCUCCCCCGCCCCUCCCAUGGUUCACUUAGGCUCUGAAUCUACAGUCUCUUUAAGAUUGAGGAAAGAUUUUGAAAUUGAUUAGGAGUUACAUUGGAAAUAGUUAGGAACUUCCCAGGUGUUUGUGGUUUUGUUUUCUUUUUUUAAAAAGCAUUGAUUCAAAAGAUGCACGUAGAAGUUACCUAUCUUACAGCAAACUAGUUUUGACUCUAAGAUACCAGUGUCUGGUUUUCUUUUGAAUACAUUUAUGUUAACCCAGAUUGUUCUGUGUUCCUUUUCACAAGCUGAUACAACUUCAAGUUUUUUAGUAGUACGAACUUGACAGCACACUUUACCUAGGAGCCAGUCCCCUCGUUGCCAUACGGUAUAGAUUCUGCUUAAUGUAACUUCUUUUUUGCUUAAGCGUAUUUGCAUGAUUAUUAGUGCUUUUGAAGUCCAUUCUAAAAUGCACAAGUUAUAAAUACAGAAGAAAGAGCAACCUCCCAAACCAAACCUAACAAGGACCCCUGAAAUUUUUCCUAAGACUGUAUGUAGAUUUCAGUUCUGCCUUUUCUGAGGGUUGACCCAAACAUCUGGAAGAAAAUGGAACUGUUUGCGUCUUUGUAUUUAUUACUUGAUGUAAUAAAGCUUAUUUUCAUUAACA